ACUACACCCAUCGGAAGAAUACUAAACCGAUUCUCUCGAGACAUGGAUGACUUGGACGGGAAGAUAAUGUACUCAUUGCAGGCAAUGUUACUUAGAUUCAUGGGUUUAGUCAUGUCGUUGGGAAUAAUCAGUUGCCAAAUGCCACUCAUUUUAUUACCUAUACUCCCAAUUAUUAUGGUGUAUGUCUGGUGUCAACGGCUAUAUAUCGCCAGUUCCCGACAAAUCAGACGAAUGGACUCGACCUCCGGAUCCCCUAUUAUUAGUCAUUUUAGCGAAUCAAACGCCGGCACCUCUACUAUCAGAGCGUACGGCGCGACCAAACAGUUUAUAGGGAAGUCUAACCGUUUGAUUGACAAAAACAAUAGCUGUCAUUACGCCUUCCUAUGCGGGAAUAGUUGGCUCACAAUACGACUCGACUUUUUAGGCAAUUGUAUGGUGCUUUUGACGGCUGUUUUCGCCAUUGCUUUCAGAGAUACUCUGAGUCCAGGGAUGGCCGGUUUGACCAUCACUUAUGCCUUAAAUAUUACGCUAAUUUUGAGUGGUUUUGUGCGCGGUUUUUGUAAUACCGAGACUUUUAUCGUCUCUAUUGAGAGAUGCCUUGAAUUGACUCAAACACCCGAAGAGGCCGAGUGGUUUAACGAUCGGACAAAACCGCCGCCCGAUUGGCCACUAAUGGGAGGAAUAGUGUUCUCCAACUAUAGCACUAAAUAUAGACAGGAAUUGGAUUUAGUGCUCAAAAACAUCACAUUAGAUGUCAAACCGAGGGAAAGGCUGGCAAUAGUGGGCCGAACCGGUGCUGGAAAGUCAUCCCUGGCUUUGGGUCUCUUCCGACUNCUGGCUUUGGGUCUCUUCCGACUCAUUGAAGCCACUGAUGGGACGGUUAGUAUCGAUGGCAUCGACUGCUCGACAAUAGGUUUGCAUGACUUGAGGUCUCGGCUAACAGUCAUACCUCAAGAACCGGUACUCUUCGCGGGCUCUUUGCGACACAAUUUGGAUCCAUUGGAUCAGUGGUCAGACAAAGAGAUAUGGAGUGCCUUAGAGUCGGCACAUCUGAAGACAUUUGUGGAGAGUCUGAAGAGUGGACUCAAUCACGAGAUCUCUAUCGACGGCGAGAACGUGAGUGUCGGACAGAAACAGUUGGUCUGUUUGGCGAGAGCUCUGCUCAGACGCACCCGAAUCCUGGUCUUAGACGAGGCCACCGCUGCGGUCGAUAUGGAAACGGAUGACUUGAUUCAGAAGACAAUCCGCGAAAAGUUUGAUUUCUCGACAGUCGUGACAAUCGCUCAUCGAUUGAAUUCAAUCGUCGAUUACGACAAAGUGUUGGUUUUGGACAACGGAUUCAUCGCUGAGUUCGGGUCUCCGGAACAGCUCUUGACUGACAACAACUCCAUCUUCUACUCGAUGGCCAAACACGAGGGCAUUGUCUGAAUGUCUC